UUUGGUUUACACUUUUUGGACAGCAUAUACAGUCUUGCGGUGCAGCCCGCAUGAAUCAAUUUUCUUUCUGAAGGCCUACCGUCAAAAGAAAAACAAGAAGCAGCUACCUCCAAAAAAAUAUCACUCAAGGUAAGGUGCAGAUUCUAGAGAGAAAGCAUGUCAAAGGUAAGGUGUAGAUUCCGGAAAUGAGAGAGAGAGUUGCACUCUCAUGGGUAAAGGUAUAAAACCUACUUUUGCAACAAACACCGUAUCAAUGUGUUCCUUUUCUCUUCUUUCAAGUCUCCCUCCAGACUUCUCAUCCUUCCUGGACAUGGGGAAGAGCAAGAAAGGGGAAAGCAUGGAAAAGGAAGUCACGCUGGUUAAGGCUGCAGCAUGGGCAUGGUACCAGCACGGCUCGGGUGCUGAGGGGCGGCCAGCGAGAGAGUUUGAUGUUAAUCGGGCCCAGCGGACCCCUAGCUCGUCUCGGUUCAGGCAAGAAGUGAUAAAGAGUGCUAGCCUACCUAGCUCCUCAAUUCAAUAUGAAGGGGCAGCUCCUGAUCAAAAGGACAAAGAGGCAACAACCACUUUGAGUCCAGAGACAACUGAAAACUCAUUGCUUGAUUCAUAUGAGAUUGAGAAAAUCUCCCAGCACUUCGACCAUCUGCUUGAACCACCCCAAGAUUCCGACAGAGACUGGCCAAAAAAUAGCCGGUAUAAAAUUCCUCGCCGCGAAAAGGCCAAGAGGCGGGGGCCUUCGAUCAAGUUUUGGCAGAAGCAUGUGCCUGCGAUGUGCAGCAGCUCGAGGGACACUAUCGUGGCGGCGACACACGUGCCAAGAACCACCGGAGGCAAGGCUCACACAUGUGGGAAGAUUGAGGCCAUGCCUCAUUGAUACAAUUGGUUUGAAUGUUGUGAAUGUUAUAAAUGUGGGGAUGGGGAUGUAUUGAUUAUGAAUGGGAAUGCGGGGGAAAAGGUCUGUUUAGAAACAGGCAUAAUGCUUUCGUAUUUAUGAGAGGAAAGCGUGGAAGAUAGGGGUAGGUUGAGUUGUGUUCAAGGUCCACAGCAAGCAACUACAACACGAGAAAAGGGGUGAAAAAUGAAAUGUAAAAAAGGAAAAGGGAUGUUUGCUCUUAUCCUUGUUUGGAAAUCAGUUAUAUGUU